ACAUAUUUGGGUAUUUGCUAUUCAAACAAUGGUCGGUCAAAUUUACUAUUGAGGCCAUAAUAGAGUGAAUACGGUAAAAAUACAAUAGUCGAAGGCUACCUUGUGUUUAACACAAUGUCUACAGCCUCCAAAGAAGGAGCUGAGAGUGGAAAAAGUAAGAUAAUUGUGAAAAAACAAAGAUGGUAUCUUGGUGGAAUUGCAUCAGGAAUGGCCGUCUUAUUUACGCACCCACUGGAUUUACUCAAGGUGCAAUUACAAACACAACAAAAUGUUACACAAGGUCUUUCUGGAAUGGCAGUGCAUGUGGUUAAACACCAAGGUAUAUUUGGAUUAUACAAGGGGCUCUCAGCAUCAAUCCUAAGACAACUCACAUAUUCAACCACAAGAUAUGGAUUAUAUGAAAUAUGGUCAGGAAAGCUUAGAAAGGGAAGUGAACCCCUACCGUUUUACCAAAAGAUAACUUUAGGAGCAUGCUCUGGAUUUAUUGGUGGUAUUGUUGGAAACCCAGCUGAUAUGAUCAAUGUUAGGAUGCAAAACGAUAUAAAACUGCCUUUGGACAAAAGAAGAAAUUACAAAAAUGUCUUUGAUGGAUUGUACAAGUGUGCUUCAAAAGAGGGUGUGCCAGCCUGGAUGAACGGUGUCACCAUGACAUCCACAAGAGCUUUACUUAUGACUGUAGCCCAGGUUGCUUGCUAUKACCAAACUAAACAGAUUUUACUGAGUACCGGAUAUUUCAAAGACAAUAUUUACACCCAUUUUACAGCCAGCUUCAUUGCYGGUACCAUAGCAACAAGCAUCACACAACCAUUUGAUGUUAUGAAAACAAGGUUGAUGGAAGCAAGACCAGGGCAGUACAAGAAUACAUUGGCUUGUCUAGUGUACACAGCUAAACUAGGACCAAUGGGUUUUUAUAAGGGUUUUGUUCCAGCCUGGGUUCGAUUAGCACCUCAUACGAUCAUAACCUGGAUUUUCUUGGAACAAUUAAGACUUUUAUUCCCUUAUAGAUAGCUUGAUUAAUAACUUAUAUAUAUGUUAAAUAAGUUUUAAAGUGGCUUAUAUAUGUAAAGAUUCAGAAAGUAUAUAAAACAUUGGCGGUGAUAAAAUAAAAACAAAAUGGAUAGGUUUUUAGGAAAUUAUGGAAAAUAAAUAUAUAAUUAUGAUAUUUUCAAGGGA